AUGACUUCACCGGAAUCACUAUCUUCUCGUCAUAUCAGGCAAGGAAGGACAUACACAACCACAGACAAGGUCAUAUCGCGGUCGUCGUCGUACUCAUCUAAUAGUUCAAUGUCUAAAGAUUACGGCGAUCACACACCCUUGUCCGUCAGCAGUGCAGCUUCAGAGACAUUACCCUCACCUCAGUAUAUGCCGAUAAGGACAUUCAAUACAAUGCCUACAGCUGGCCCAACGCCUUUACAUUUAUUUCAAAAUGACAGGGGCAUUUUCAACCAUCAUUCUUCAUCAGGCUCAUCAAAAACGGCAUCAACAAAUAAAAGAGGAAUAGCAGCAGCAGUAGCAUUGGCAACUGCUGCCACCAUACCAUUUCCACUGAAAAAACAGAAUCAAGAUGAUAAUUCCAAGGUCUCGGUAACACACAAUGAAUCAUCGAAAGAAAAUAAAAUUACACCCUCCAUGAGAGCAGAAGAUAACAAACCUAAAAAUGGUUGCAUCUGCGGUUCAAGUGACUCCAAGGAUGAGUUGUUUAUACAGUGUAACAAAUGUAAAACGUGGCAGCACAAGUUAUGUUAUGCUUUCAAAAAAUCAGAUCCAAUAAAAAGAGAUUUUGUUUGCAAAAGAUGUGACAGUGAUACGAAAGUGCAGGUUAAUCAAGUAAAACCAAUGAUAUUCCCUAGAAAAAUGGGAGAUGAGCGAUUAUUUCAAUUUUCAUCCAUAGUGACAACUUCAGCAUCGAACACAAAUCAGCAUCAACAGUCUGUGAAUAACAUAGAGGAACAGCCCAAGAAACGUCAACUUCAUUAUACCGCCCCAACAACUGAAAAUAGCAAUAGUAUACGGAAAAAAUUGAGGCAAGAAAAACUGGUAGUAUCAAGCCACUUUCUGAAGCCACUACUGAAUGAGGUAAGUUCUUCCAAUGACACGGAAUUCAAAGCAAUAACAAUAUCAGAGUAUAAGGACAAAUAUGUUAAGAUGUUUAUUGAUAACCAUUAUGAUGACGAUUGGGUUGUUUGUUCUAACUGGGAAAGCUCAAGGUCAGCUGACAUCGAGGUAAGAAAAUCAUCAAAUGAAAGAGAUUUUGGAGUCUUCGCUGCAGAUUCUUGUGUUAAAGGUGAGCUAAUUCAAGAAUAUUUGGGCAAAAUUGAUUUUCAAAAAAAUUAUCAGACAGAUCCAAAUAAUGACUAUCGUUUGAUGGGAACGACAAAACCUAAAGUACUUUUUCAUCCACAUUGGCCUUUAUAUAUAGACUCUCGAGAAACAGGCGGAUUAACAAGAUACAUAAGACGGAGUUGUGAGCCCAAUGUGGAACUAGUAACGGUAAGACCGCUUGACGAAAAACCAAGAGGAGAUAAUGAUUGUAGAGUUAAAUUUGUUUUAAGGGCUAUAAGAGAUAUUCGUAAGGGAGAAGAGAUAAGCGUAGAAUGGCAAUGGGAUUUGAGAAAUCCUAUUUGGGAGAUAAUAAAUGCAUCUAAAGAUUUGGAUUCCCUACCGGAUCCCGACAAGUUCUGGUUGAUGGGGUCAAUAAAGACUAUUUUAACAAAUUGUGAUUGUGCAUGUGGGUACUUGGGCCAUAAUUGUCCAAUAACUAAAAUCAAAAACUUUUCUGAAGAAUUCAUGAGGAAUACGAAGGAAUCCCUAUCUAAUAAAUCUUACUUUAAUACAAUAAUGCACAACUGUAAGCCAUAA